CUCGCGAGCCCGGAGGGUGGCACGUGGGUUGAUGACUGUCGCGCUGCUCCCUCCGCCUCCGGCCCGGCCUCCUGAGGACCCCUCCGCCUCCACGCCUGCUCUCCUCUGGCCCCCUCCGUCCCCGCCCUCGUCCUCCUCAGGCCCCCUCCGCCUCCGCCCCCGGCCCCGGCCCCACGGCGGGAUGCGGGACAACACCAGCCCCAUCAGCGUUAUUCUGGUGAGCUCGGGGAGCAGGGGCAAUAAGCUGCUGUUCAGGUACCCCUUCCAGAGAAGCCAGGAGCACCCGGCGUCCCAGACAAAUAAGCCACGCAGCAGAUAUGCUGUUAACAACAUGGGCGACCAUGCUGAUGACCAGGAUGGCGAUGCCAGGUUUUCAGAUGUUAUUCUGGCAACAAUUUUGGCAACCAAGUCUGAAAUGUGUGGCCAAAAAUUUGAACUGAAGAUUGAUAACGUGCGGUUUGUUGGGCACCCAACACUGCUACAGCAUGCUCUGGGGCAGGUCUCCAAAACGGAUCCUUCCCCGAAGAGGGAAGCGCCUACCAUGAUUCUUUUUAAUGUGGUGUUUGCGCUGAGGGCCAACGCAGACCCGUCAGUGAUAAACUGUCUGCAUAACCUGUCCCGUCGCAUCGCCACCGUGCUGCAGCAUGAGGAGCGCCGCUGCCAGUACCUCACCCGGGAGGCCAAGCUGAUCCUGGCGCUGCAGGAUGAGGUGUCCGCCAUGGCUGAUGGAAAUGAAGGUCCUCAGUCCCCAUUCCAUCACAUCCUGCCCAAGUGCAAGCUGGCCAGGGACCUCAAGGAAGCUUACGACAGUGAGCUGCAACUGCCCCCCUCAUUGAGUUUGUUCCAGCCUUCCAGUGCUAACCAUUUACCUGCGUUAUUUUGUAUGUGCGCCUCUGUAUCUAUAAGCCUGUGCACGUCAGGUGUGGUUCGGCUUCACAUCAAUAGCUGGCUGGAGGUGAGCUUCUGCCUGCCCCACAAGAUCCACUAUGCGGCCUCCAGCCUGAUCCCCCCAGAGGCCAUCGAACGGAGCCUGAAAGCCAUCCGCCCCUACCACGCCCUGCUGCUGCUCAGUGAUGAGAAGUCCUUGCUGGGGGAGCUUCCUAUCGACUGCUCCCCUGCCCUAGUUCGGGUGAUCAAGACCACAUCUGCUGUGAAGAACUUGCAGCAGCUAGCUCAGGAUGCAGACCUGGCCUUGCUGCAGGUUUUCCAGCUUGCAGCUCAUCUGGUGUACUGGGGCAAGGCCAUCAUCAUCUACCCGCUGUGUGAGAACAACGUCUACAUGCUGUCUCCCAAUGCCAGCGUGUGUCUGUACUCCCCGCUGGCCGAGCAGUUCUCCCAUCAGUUCCCAUCUCAUGACCUGCCGUCCGUCCUUGCCAAGUUCUCCUUGCCGGUCUCCUUAUCAGAAUUUAGGAAUCCCCUGGCCCCCGCUGUGCAGGAGACCCAGCUUAUCCAGAUGGUGGUGUGGAUGCUGCAGCGCCGGCUUCUCAUCCAGCUGCACACCUAUGUCUGCCUGAUGGCCUCACCCAGCGAGGAGGAGCCCCGCCCGCGAGAGGACGACGUCCCCUUCACUGCCCGGGUCGGCGGUCGCAGCCUCAGCACGCCCAACGCCCUCAGCUUUGGCUCCCCAACCAGCAGCGAUGACAUGACCCUCACCAGCCCCAGCAUGGACAACUCCAGCGCAGAGCUGCUCCCCAGCGGGGACUCACCACUGAACCAGAGGAUGACGGAAAACCUGCUGGCCAGCCUGUCAGAGAAUGAACGCGCAGCCAUCCUCAGUGUACCUGCAGCCCAAAACCCUGAGGACCUCCGCAUGUUUGCCAGGCUCCUUCACUACUUCCGAGGCCGCCACCACCUAGAGGAGAUCAUGUACAACGAGAACACUCGGCGCUCCCAGCUGCUCAUGCUGUUUGACAAGUUCCGCAGCGUGCUGGUGGUGACCACCCACGAGGACCCCGUGAUUGCCGUCUUCCAGGCUCUGCUUCCCUGAGCCCCGGCAGAGGGCGGAAGGCUGCUGGGGUGUGCAGGUGGGCGCUCGCAUCUUCCCACCCAGGGCUUCCUCCCUGCUGAGGCUGAGCCCUUAGUCCUGAGGCCUGGCACUGGGUGGAUGCCAGCCGGCCAUGGCCCAGUGAAGCCUGCAGAGCCCCGCUGUACUGGCCCCGGUGGUUCAGCUGUGGGGCCGCUGCCCUCCACUUUCCUAUGCUUCCCUCCAGUCCUCGCCACAUGUGUAGGCGCCCCACGCUGGAGGGGGCCUGCCAGAACUCCUGUCUCUGGGUGAGGGCUGCAUCCUUCUAGGCCCAUAUGUGGGCUGUGCGUUUCUCAGACCCUCCUUUUGUCCCUACACCUGCUCCCUGGAACCCGCCUCUGUGGCCACCCUGAAGAAUGUGCUGAAACACUUGUGUGGCCUGUCCCCGUCUCUCUGACAGCCUUCCAUUUGUGAAGUGCCCUGUGGCCCUGUCCUCAGCACCACCUCUGUCUGCCAUGCACUUCUUCCUCCCAGGCUGCCAUGAGCCUUUCCUGGCCCAGCCCUCACCACAGCCCAUGGAAGCCACAAACAGGCUCACAGCCAAGCUGUGACCUGGUCCUGACCAUAUGGGGCGCGAGGGCCUGAGCUCCCCUGCUAGGCUGUGCACAUCUUGCUGGUGGAGGCAUGGCCCACUGUGCAGGACCCCAUCCUCGGGGGCUCUCUGCUCCCACACUGAUGAUUCUCCCCAGCAUCCACACGGUCUGGCGCUACGUACUCAGGGCCCCUGCCCUCAUGUCCUGGAGGAAGAGCUGGCUCCAGACGUGCUGAUCACCUAGAAGAGCUCUGGCUAAAGCGCAGUUUUCUAGAAAUAAAACAUUUAUUUGUUUUUUAAACAAUUAAAAAA